AUGGAAUUCGACCAUAUCGCAGAAAAGAAACAAGAACGAAAAGCCACGACCUGGCUCCGUCUCUGGUCCAGUCCACAGCCAGAGCUUCUAUCAAUGCAACUUGCCCACAAACACCGACCAGCCAGCGGCAAACCCAUCUCCGCAUGCCUUUGGAAAAGCGGAGCAUUUAACAUCUGCUAUAGAACCACAUCAAUCCCCGUUCCGGAAGUAUGCGCCUCGGGGAUCUGCUGGGCAGGUCCCUACAUAAUCAUGUCAUUAAUCGAGGGUGUACCACUAUCGAAGCUCCUCAAGGACCAUUCUUCUGCAGGAAGGCCACUCCUAAACCCCCGAAUUAGUAAUCACAGCUUGAAGCACGCAUACCGCGAAAUGGUCAUCCUAGUCCUCGAGCUCUCCAGAGUAGAAUUCGACUCCAUCGGUGCACUCGAAGAAACAGAGCAUGAUUGCUUCAGCAUCACUAAACGACCUCUCAUCUUCAACAUGAACGACCUAAUGACCUCUGCAAACCUACCACUAGAAGCAUUCCCACCUCCCUCUCACACCUUCACCUCAUCCACAGAUUACCUCCACUCCCUAGCCACACAGCAUCUCCUCCACCUUCGUCUACAACAACAAAAACCCUCCAUCACCAGCGAAGGAGACUUCCAACGAAAACUCAUCGCUCGCUACCUAUUCCAAAACCUAACGAAGAACCUCCACCUUACUAAACCCCCAAGGCCCCUUCCGUCUCUACUGCGACGACUUCCGUCCCUCAAACAGGGGGAUUUGCAUCAAUUCCUGGAUCGGUAUAUUCCCCGAUUCCAUGUGUUUUUGGAAGUAUUGCUCCUUGGACAAUGGGCUAUAUUGUUUGUGUCUUGCCGCGAGGUAUGGUUCUAUAUGUUUGAUGGGAUCUAUUGGGAGUUUGUUGAUCGGUGGUUUUAUGGGGACUUGUGGUCUUUGCAGGAUCGUGUACGGCUGUUAAGUGAGCAGCGGCGGGAGAUGGAUGAGCUGGUGAGAGGUAAGUUGAGUCGGUGUGAUAGGGGUGAAGAUGAGUUUGAAGAUCAUUAUCCGAUUGAUUGUGUUACUUGA